AUUUUCAUUUUUUCACAUUUACCGUCACCUUUUAACAUGAGGAUCCUAUUUAUUCUUACCCGGAAAUUUCAAUUUUCUAGACAAAAGCAUACAUUGAAAUAUAAAAAAAUCUAAAAGUAGGACAAUGAUGAUAAGAAAAAAAUAAAAUGUUUCCUGCGUAUUUAGCGGGUGAGCUACGUGUCGUUUAAUAAUACGUUAAUAAAAUAGCAAUUGUUGGGUAAAUAUGAGAGUAGUAAUGGACACGUCAGCUGAAGGACUAAUGCUGAUAGGCUUGGAAAAUAAAGGUAGCAAGGAAAAAACGGAAAAAAAGGGUACGUGGUAAAUUGAUUGGGUCAUCCCCGCGGCAACCGAUGGACAAACACGAUCAGCCUGGACAUCCUGUCAGCAGGGACACUACUUUCCGAUCCUCAGUCAUUCCGAGUAUUUCAAUGAGCAUCAAGCUCAUGUCUCUUGACAAUCAUGGGCAUAAUGGGUAAUUGGUUUUGGUGGAAUUAUAUUUUUUUAACUAAUUUUUUAACUGUAUUUGCCCAACAAAAUCAACAACCAACUGCUAUUAGGCCAGUUAAUUUAUUUAUAAUCAACGAUGAGGAAAAUAGUUUAGCCAACAAUAGUGUAAAAAAUGCACUUAUGGGUAUAAAAGAUAAAACGGUAUUGGGUAACGUAAUUGUUGUCCAAAUAAAUGGAUCCGACCCCAAAGGAAGUUUAGACAAAGUUUGUGCUGCAUGGGAUCCAGCGGUUCGUGAUGGUGGUCCGGGAGUACCGGAUUUAGUUCUUGAUACAACACGCAGUGGUUUUGGUGCCGAAGCAAUUAAUUCCUUUACAGCUUCUAUUGGAGUUCCAACUUUUUCUUCCCAAUUUGGUCAAAAAAAUGAUUUAAGACCCUGGAAUGAUUUAACACCCGAUCAAAAAAAUUAUCUUGUUCAAAUAAUGCCACCCGCUGAUCUAAUUCCUGACGCUAUUCGUCAACUCUGUUCCCAAAUGAAUAUCACAAAUGCUGCGAUUAUUUUCGACAAAGGUUUCGUUAUGGACCAUAAAUAUAAAAGUCUUCUUCUUAAUAUUCCAACCCGACAUGUUAUCGUUCAGUCUAAAAUAGAUACCAAUGAAAUUUUAAAUCAACUACAGCGAUUACGUGAUCUUGAUAUUGUUAACUUUUUUGUUUUGGGUGAAGAAGUAACAUUAAAAAGUUACUUAGAUGCUGCCGAAAUGAAAAAUUUUACCGGACGUAAAUACGGGUGGUAUGCAUUUACGAUGAAUGAAAAAUUAGAUUUAAAAUGUGAUUGUCGAAAUAUGUCUGUCGUAUUUUUCAAACCGAUGUUAACAACGUCAAAUCAAAAAAAUUUGAAUACACUAACAAACCAAGGUCUAUUGCCAACACCCUGGUUAGCAUCUGCAUUUUACUAUGACUUUGUACGCGUCGGAGUUGAAGCAAUCAGAUCAGCAAUUAAAAAUAAUAAAUGGCCAAAUGAACCCUAUCACAUAACUUGUGAUGAAUUCAAUGGAACAAAUACACCAGUACGUAAUUUAGACUUACUACCACAUUUACGAGAGGCUACAACAAAUGGAUUUGAACCGACUUUUGCUGGAUUUUAUUGGGGUAACAGUAACGGUGAACAUCAUGCUGAAUUUGAUAUGCUUAUACAAAUGGUAGUUAUUGAAAAUGGUAAUGUUGUAUCGGCUGAUAAUUUGGGUACCUGGAAAGCAGACAUUGAAUCACCUUUAAACCUUACAGACAGUGAAUCAAAAGUUGCGAAACACACGGCGGUAACAAGUUUUCGUAUUGUAACAGUACGUAUUGCACCAUUCAUUGAUAUUAAUGCAACAGGACAUUGGGAAGGUUAUUGUAUCGAUUUAAUAAACGAAGUUCAAAAAAUAAUGAAUUUUGAAUACGAAAUUUACGAGUCACCUGAUAAUAAUUUUGGAACGAUGGAUGAAAAUGGUAAAUGGGACGGGAUGAUUAAGGAAUUAAUAGACAAACGUGCUGAUAUUGCAUUGGGUACAUUAUCUGUUAUGGCUGAACGUGAAAAUGUUGUUGAUUUUACUGUACCGUAUUAUGAUCUAGUCGGUAUAUCAAUUCUUAUGAAGAAAAAGAAAGAAGAAACUUCGUUAUUUAAUUUUUUGACGGUAUUAAAUCAAACUGUAUGGUUGUGUAUAUUAGGCGCAUACUUCUUCACAAGUUUGUUGAUGUGGAUAUUUGAUCGUUGGUCACCGUACAGUUAUCAAAAUAAUAAAGAAAAAUAUAAAGAUGAUGAAGAAAAACGUGUGUUCCAUUUAAAAGAAUGCUUGUGGUUUUGCAUGACUUCAUUGACACCUCAAGGCGGAGGGGAAGCGCCAAAAAAUCUUUCCGGACGAUUAGUUGCUGCUACCUGGUGGCUAUUUGGAUUUAUCAUUAUUGCAUCAUACACAGCUAAUUUAGCGGCUUAUUUGACUGUUGCACGAUUGGAGCAACCUAUUGAAUCCCUUGAUGAUUUGAGUAAACAGUAUAAAGUACAGUACAGUCCGAUAAAUCCGUCUGAGGCCUACACUUAUUUCAAACGAAUGGCUGAUAUUGAGGAAAGAUUUUAUGAAAUAUGGAAAGAUAUGAGUUUAGAUGACAGUAUGUCAGAAAUAGAACGUGCUAAGUUAGCGGUUUGGGAUUAUCCAGUAAGUGAUAAAUUUACAAAAAUGUUUCAACAAAUGCAAGAAGCCGGAUUUCCGAAAAAUCGAGAAGAAGCCAUUGGACGUGUUCGUAAAGAAAUUCCAGCAUAUAAUAACACUGAUUUUGCAUUUAUCGGUGAUGCCACUGAAAUACGUUAUUUAGAAAUGACAACAUGUGAUUUAAUUAUGAUUGGCGAUGAAUUUUCACGUAAACCAUAUGCUAUGGCUGUGCAACAAGGAUCACCUUUAAAAGAUCAACUGAAUAAUGCGAUAUUAAAACUACUUAAUCAACGUAAGCUGGAAACAUUUAAGAGUAAAUGGUGGAGCAGGAACCCAUACAGAGUUGAUUGCACGAAAAAGGACAGUCAAAGUGACGGUAUAAGUAUUCAAAAUAUUGGAGGAGCUUUUAUUGUUAUAUUUGUCGGUAUUUUACUUGCUUGUUGUACUUUAGCUUUCGAGUACUGGUACUAUCGUUACAGACCACGUGCUCAAGCUAAAAAACUUAAAAAAUUAAAUAGUAAAAAUGGUGGUGGAAAUAAAAUAUCAUCACAGCGUGUUAAGCCAACGAGAUUUAAUUUGAAACCAGCGCGAAAAGCUUUCGAAGAUUCAGGAACGGAAUUUCGUGCGAGAUUUUAAAUAAUCUAAAUUUUUUUAUUUUAAAAUAGAUAUUGUGCCUUAAUAUCAAAAUGACGGGUACGAAGUUUCGUGAUUACGGGAUCAAUUGUUAUCAGGGAAGAAAAUAUUUUUAUUUUUCAAAAAUAAUUACUUUCAUAAUAGAAAAUUACCGCAAAGAAAAUGAAACCUGAUAUUUUUAUAAAAUUAUUGCGCAGAAAAUUGGAAUUGAAAAAUAUAUUUAUAUACUCAUAUAAUAAAUAUAUAUCUGCUGAUAAUUAAUAUAAGAAUUUUAUUGUUAAAUUUUUUGCACUUGAUUGUGUGAAAAAAUUUACAUGUGACUUUGAAAUGCACAAUAAAUUUAUUUUUAAAAAAUGUUUAAAAUUUCUUUAUCAAUAAAGAAUUUAUAUCAUAGAUGUUUUAAUGAAAUAAUAUAUAAAUUUUUAAAUUUUACUUGAAUCUGAUAACGUCGCCCGCCUUGUGUGUGGGCUAGAACAUUGAAUGGCAACCGUAAGGUCAAGGGUUCGAGUCCAAGAUUCGGUACUCUACCAUUUUUUCUGAAGCACGAAUAAAAAUAAAAAUAAAAUGAGUGAAAUUUUAACGCACGUAAGAAAUGCACGAAUUUUGAAGGUUGAAAUUAAAAAAAAAAAAUUGUCAUUAUUAAGAAAAUUUUCAGAAUAUUUUCUAAAAAUUUUUUAUUCCAUUGUCGUCUAUAUUUAAUUAAAUUUACAUGCAUUAAUAUAUCCGACUUUUAAUUUUUACUUUAAUUAAAAGAUUAUUCGACGGAAAAAAAUAAAAUUCUGUUUCAAAAAAAAAAAAAAAAAAAAUAAAAUAAAGUUUUUCUACUUUUCUAAAAACUGAAUUAUUUCUGUGUUAUUUAAUUAAAUUACUGCUGAUAUUUAAUUUUUCGAUAGAAUGCUGCACGUAUAUUUUUUAAAUGUAUUUUAAUAAAUAAA